AUGAUUAGAAACCAUCCGUGGUUUGACUAUCCUCCUGCUUUUGAGAAACGAGUGAGAAAAGUUAUAAAUAAAAGUAAGCAGCUUUUUAAUCCCGCAAUAGUCUUCGAGCCACUACCACCAGCGCUCAAAUAUUCUCUCACCCGUAACCUUGGAUUUGUUUCUUCGGUAUUUACUCAAUUCUUAGGGAGUGAUGGAGUAAGUAAUGUGCAAGAAUCGAUUGGUAUCAGUAAAUAG